AUGGUGAUGGAGGGAGAAGGAAAGGAGAUGAAUGAGAUUAAGACCCAAUUCAACACCCCGAAAGGUCUGUACAAACUGCUGCCACACUUGGAAUACAGCCAGCCCAACAGAGAGCCCUUCCACUUACAGGGAUCCAACCCUGUCCACAUCUCCUUCAUCAACCUCAACAACCAGUCUGGCAACAGCAACCAUCUCUGCUUCACUGUGGGCUAG